CCAGUUGUUUGUAGAAAAAAAAAAAACAGAAAAAAAAAAGUAGGCUAAAUCGAUCGAUCCGCCCACAACAUCUGCUUUUCAAUUCUAUCAUUCCAAUUUAUAAUAUGCCCUAGUGGUGAUUUGAUUCAGUUGAGGAGCGUUGUGGUAAUGGAGGUUGAGCCGCCGAGCGUAAUGAGGUACUUGAUCGGAUGUGCGAUAAUGAUGGCGGGAGUUGUUUUGCCGGUUGGGUAUAUGAUGUUUCGCAAUAAACGAGCUCCUUCUUCUUCUUCCUCUUACUCCAAACAGACGAACAAGGUUUUGAUAUAAGAUUUGUUCCGAAAGCCCAAGAUUAAUUGAUGGGCCGGGUGGUGCCAUUUAAACGAAAAAAAAUGGGAGAGAGAAGAUUUCCGAGAUAUAUCUGCGAAUUGCUUGUACAUGUUCAAAAGAUACAUGUUUUGUUCACUUUGAUUAUCACGGCUAAAAACUUGAUAUAUUUGUUGUAUUUUGUAUCAACAUUCGUGUUAUCUAUCUGCAUUCACUUUUUCUAAGACAUUUUCGUGUUUGUUCAUAGUACUCGUAACUUGAAACUUCUUCUCUUUAAAUUGAUAGUUACUUCUU